GAAAACUUCUCUCUCUCUUUCCAGUACUUUCUGGUUUCUUCUCCUUGACAACCUUGUCCAGCUGACUGACAACAUCCCCUCCGACCCUGUUGUGGAACCUACUGUGCCUGUCUCUUUGGCUCUCAUCUCUUGCUCUUGGAGUUGGACUUGUAUACUGUUGUACAUUGGGGCUGUGGCUUGAGCGCUUAAGCUUUUUGGGGUUCGAGUGCGUGAAUGUGUGUGUUUGAGUGCGUGUGAGUCAGUAUGCCAUGUCGUCCCCUGGCUCGUCGUUUGUACAGAUAAAGCAUGAGGAUUUGCUUUUCUAUGAGAAUUGUGGAGGAGGCAGCUUUGGGAGCGUCUACAGAGCCCUCUGGAUAUCCCAAGAUAAGGAAGUGGCUGUGAAGAAGCUUUUGAAGAUCGACAAGGAGGCUGAGAUUCUCAGUGUACUGAGUCAUAAAAACAUCAUUCAGUUUUAUGGAGCCAUGCUGGAAUCUCCCAACUAUGGCAUUGUCACAGAAUAUGCAAGUGGAGGGUCUCUGUAUGAGUACCUUUCCAGUGAGCAGAGUGAGGAGAUGGAUAUGGAGCAGAUCAUGACAUGGGCCAUACAGAUAGCCAAAGGAAUGCAUUACCUUCAUGCAGAAGCUCCAGUCAAAGUGAUUCACAGAGACCUUAAGUCACGAAACGUGGUAUUGACGGCAGAUAGAGUGCUGAAGAUUUGUGACUUUGGAGCAUCUAAGUUCCUGUCUCACACCACCCAUAUGACGGUGGUGGGCACUUUUCCAUGGAUGGCUCCUGAAGUUAUUCAGAGCCUACCUGUCUCUGAGACCUGCGAUACCUACUCCUAUGGUGUGGUGUUAUGGGAGAUGCUGACGCGAGAGGUUCCUUUCAAAGGCUUCGAGGGGUUGCAGGUUGCAUGGUUGGUGGUGGAAAAACAAGAGAGGCUGACUAUUCCCACCAGCUGUCCAGCAAGUUUUGGGGAGUUGAUGAGGAAAUGCUGGCAUGCAGACUCCAAAGAACGUCCACACUUUAAGCAGGUGCUUGUAACCCUGGAGACCAUGGCAAACGACAGCAGGCUACCAGACCAGUGUAACUCUUUCCUACAUAACAAGGACCAGUGGAGGUGUGAAAUCGAAUCAACCCUGGAGCGCCUUCGGAAACUAGAGAGGGAGCUUUACUCAAAGGAGAAGGAGCUGGAGGAGAGAGAAAGGAGGCUCAGACUGUGGGAGGAGAGGCUGAUGGAGAGGUCCAACAUGACUCCCAGUCCAACCUCUCUACUCAUGGAGCGCUCAAACAUGUCACCAUUCUUCACACCAAUGUCAAUCGGCUCUACUGGCUCUUUCUUCCGCUCACACUCUCAAGACUCCAACAGCACUGGGGUGGGCAGUGCAGGGGUCAGCAGUGCUGGUGUCAGCUGUAUACUUCGCACACUCAGCAAUGGAGACACAGAGAGGGGCAGCAGUGCCAUGCUGGAGAGGGGGAUGGGUUCGCUCGACAGCGGAAGACUACAUGUCAUGCUCCGAGGGUUGCAGGGAAGGUUUGGAGAGGAUGAGGAGGAAGAGAAAGGAACUAUUGAGGAGACAGGCUGGGGGCAGAAGGAACGGAAUGAUAGUGGGAGUUUGGAGGGAGGGCGGGUGCAGGUGACACUCAGGAGCUUCCCUGGAGGUGUAGUGGAGAGGGAGGAGAGGACAUGGGAGGAGGGAGACAAGGAAAGAGGAGGGAUGCAGAGAAGCAGAGUGACAACCAUAGUCCGAGGAUACUCUGGAGGAUUUGGGGAGGCAGAGGGGGAAAGUGAGAAGGAGGAAGGGUGGGAGAUAGAAAAACUUGGGGACAGGUUAGAGGAGACAGGGGUGGAGGGAGUGCUUGAAGGAGGUAGGCUGCCAACCAUGUUUAAAGGUCUCCAUGGGAGUUUAGGGAGCUUGGGGGACAUGCUUUCCUUAGACAUUGAUAAGAUGGGAGAGAUGGACAGACUAGGUGACAUGGACAUGAAUAUGAACAUGGGUGACCUGGGAGUGAUGAAGAUGGUGGGCCAUGGUGUAAGGGGAGAGCUGGGCGUCAGGGGUCGCAGGAGCGACAUGGGAGUUGUAGUACAGGGAGUCCGAAGCGACCACAGCGAGGCCAUCAGCCAAAAGAUUAGAGGUGAAGUGGGAGUCAUCGGUCACUCUGGGAUGCAGGUGAGCAUGAGGGCAUCGUCCAAUCAGAACUCUGUGAAAAGCUGCAGUGUGCGACACGGAACCAAGAUCAACAUGGCAACAUCGGCAAUGGAUAUGAUGGAGCUCGACUGGUCUGACAGUGACUAGAAAACACAUUAAGUAAACAAACACACAGAAAACACACAUAGAAUUAAAACAGAGGCCAAACUUGUUAGCACAUAUAGCAUUUGAGCUACAGGAUGUGCAUGACAGUCUACAGACGAAAAACACAAAUCACUUUUUAUUUCUUUUUUAUUAAAUGGUUAAAUAUUACACCCAUAUGUACUGUGAAAUAGCAAGUAGGAAAAAAAAGAUAAUAAAGCCCCUUUCAGACACAAGAUCAAUAUCAAAAAUAGCUAAAUUAACCUCUUGAAACCUCAGCAUUCGGUCAUUCAGUCUAUGUCCACUGAUGCCUUUGUGAUGUUUGCUGAGAGUGUCAGAAAUAGAGAGGAGGCUGCAGCUCUACUAUAACUGACAACAGAGACCACUGAGCAGAUGCCCCCCCCUCUUUUUAGCUCAGGCAAAGACAAAAAAAAAAAAAAAAAACUAACUUUAAUACAAGUGAAAACCAUGGAACCAUGAGUAGGAGAUCUAUGCUAAAGUAAUCCAACACUUCUUGUGCAUGCCUAUCCUUUUAAUAUGACCCCUUGCAGUUCAGACUUAGGCCAUGUUGAAAGUGAUACAGAAUAUUACAAAGCCCGAACAAGUGAAAUAGCUGAUAUUAUUUUUACAUAAAAGUGACCAGUGUGUUUCAUUCAGAAACGAAUCGACAUGUUCAUCUGGAAUCACAUGAAUUAUGAUUAAAAGAGUACAUGUCUGAGGGGGACUCAUGAAGUUGUCCUGUCAUGCUGUCAGAACACUGUCCCCAGUGUAAUUUAUUGUACUAUUAAAACUGCUGCAUAACAUGUUGUAAGAGGUACAAGUGUAACAAAGUAACACACUUGAAUGCCACUCUAAUGAGGAAGCACUACUGUUUCUCUCCUGCUUAUAGAGUAUCUUUUAGUUUGAUGAUUUUUUUUUUUGUUCAAACAUGCUUUAUCUUUACCAGUUCUAUCUGUGAUCAAGUGUGUGAAUUUUUGGCAUUUGUCUUGGUAUAUUUUAUCAUUUUUCAAUAAAAAGAAAAGCAGUCUGA